AUGGCUAAGUUUCAGAACUUGUUUACAUGGGCAGUGUUCAUCACUCUUCUGGUUCAAGCCAUGGGCGAUGUAAUCCCCUUAGCUAAGGGACGCACCGGCAAGAUUUGGCAUGAUGCACACGCAACGUUUUAUGGUGACCUGAACGGAGGAGAAACCAUGCAGGGGGCUUGUGGAUAUGGUGAUCUCUUCCAACAAGGCUAUGGCCUGGAGACAGCAGCACUAAGCACAAAGCUGUUCAAGGACGGGCAUGCUUGCGGUGCUUGUUUUCAGAUCCGGUGUGUCAAGGAUCCACAAUGGUGCAUCCCUAAUGCCGGUGCAAUCACAAUCACUGCAACCAAUUUUUGUCCUCCAAAUUGGAUUCCAGCUCCUGAUCAUUGGUGCAACCCGCCACAGAGACACUUCGAUUUGUCCAUGACGAUGUUCACAAAACUCGCACAAGCGAAAGCCGGGAUAAUCCCGGUUAAAUAUCGCAGAGUCCCGUGCCAGAAAAGCGGAGGGGUUAAGUUUGAGCUUAAGGGAAACCCCUACUGGCUUACUGCAUUGGUGUUCAACGUUGGCGGUGCCGGUGAUGUUGCAAACGUUAAAAUUAAAGGCUCUAGCACUGACUGGCUUCAAAUGUCUCGCAAUUGGGGCCAAGUUUGGCAGACGGGAAGCAACAUAGUAGGGCAAAGCUUAUCAUUCUUGGUCACCACAAGUGAUGGGAAAACACUUAGGUUUGAUGAUGUUGCACCAGCAAAUUGGCAAUUUGGUCAGACUUAUGACGGGAGAAUAAAUUUUUGA